AAUACGGCCAGGGAUAUGCCUAGUAAAAAGGUUGGUGUAUUCUGUGCGGCCCAUUGCUCUGGAACUGUCCCACGCACGCUGCUGCUUGCACAGCGAUUAGGCCCAUGACCAUUGUUCGAAAUAGCACAGAAUCAUCGAGGAAAAAAACAGGGAAUCUCUCCAGCCCUACCAGAGUUGCGUGGAGUAAACCAGAACCACCCAACCCGUCUACUGCUCCAGGAAAAAUAUCUGCUGCACCGCCGAGACCCAUCCAUCCCCAUCCCCAUCCCCAUCAAUCUGGCUGCACCACGGCGACUGUGCUGCUCCGCCGAGACCAGCUCCAUCCCCAGCUGCAUCUAUUUGGGGUACGGCGGCGGCAGUGCGGCCGGCGGCGUCUUUCAUAGCAUAGCAAGAUGUCCACCAAUGGCGUCGAGCUCGAUGGGGUGUGUGCUCCGCCCGCGCCAUGGAACAACUGCGCCUAUCCAGUCGAGUCGCAGGAUUCGAUGAGCGUCCCAACCAUGGCAUUUGGCACCGGCGGCGAUGCACAGCUAGUCGGGGAUGCAGCUAGGGCCGAGGUGUGUUCUGAAGCAACCAGUGGCUGGGCAUGCAGGUCGAUGAAAAAAUGAUCUGUUUUUGCUCUGCUGCAAUUUUAGUUUGGGUGCCCCUCACAUGUUUGAUCUAAUUUACAGUAUGGUUCUUAGGUACAUAAGAGAUUAAGCAGUGUGUUGUUUUGGUUGGAUUUGGUUCGAAUAUCUGAUGGUAGCAUUAGGUAGUGUACUGCAUAAUGAAUGGAGUUUGUUCAAUUUUAUUGAUGAUUUGAUGGUAGCACUAGGUAGUAAACUGCAACUGGUUGGAGUUUGUUGGAUUUUAUUGAUGAUUUGGUGCUAGCAUUAGGUAGUCAAACACAGAUGGCUGGAGCUUGUUGGGUAUCUUCAGUUGCAGUGACUUAUGUUGUGUUGUUUGGAUGAAAGGUUGGAUUACAAAGUUUAAUAUGGAUAAUGAGGCAUUUUAUGAUGGCAGAAGGGUAGAUUUCUAGUUUGCUGACAGGACAUUGGAGUUUUGUGGGUGUGCAAUUUAGAUCGGUGUGUGGGGAUCAGAGAGCAUGUGCCAUCAUUGAGUUUAGGAUGGCUUGCUGCAUUAGCAAGGCUUGACCGCGGAGGACUGUAGCUUGUUGGGGUUCUCCAUUUGCAGUGACUUAUAUUGUGUUCUUUAGAUGAAAAGUUGGAUUACGGAGUUUAAUACGGAUCUUAUGGGAGUUUUAGGUUGAUGGGGUUGGAAUUCUAGUUUGCUGAUUAGAAACUGAAGUUUUGUGGCUGCGCAAUUUGGAUUGGUGUAUGGGCAUUGUGGAGUCUGUGCCAUGAUUGAAUUUAUGAGGAAAAUUUGUCGCCUGUUGUUGUUAUUGGUAUAGAUUGAUAGUGUUAUUGAUUACGCUCGAUCGAUUGGGUGGGUUAGACUAAUAUUUUUUGCUGCAAAAACAUUUUUUAAUAUAUCGCUGAUCAGCAGCUGCGUUGGAUUGUUUGUCAUGUAUGUUGAGUAGAGUCAUUGGCAGGUCGAUCGUUUUUACAACACCUUCCUGCGAGUAAGACGCCAUAUUUUUAUGUAAGGCGGGGAGAUGAUGUAAUUGGUUGUUACUUAUCCGGUUAAUUAUGUAAUUGCAAAUCUUGGCGUUUAAACUGUAUGGUGCGUGUGUGGCUGCUGUGAACAUGAAAAAUUCCUGUCUUGCUUUCCGUGUGUGGAUGAUCUAAUGGUUUUCAUCCAUUUUUUUGUGUCUCUUUUUUUGAGAUGAUUAUCCAGGGUGAGGAUCGGGAAAGCCCCGGAGGAAAGGGAGAUGAACCCAAAUAGGAAAUCAACUCUUGAAUUGUCUCUGCGCGCUUAUGCUGAUAAGAAGGAUGGCCCUGUUCUCUGUCCAAGUAUUGGAACAAGCUUUGACUCUAUUGACGAGGCUUAUGAGUUCUACAAUCUUUAUUCAUGGGAAUGUGGUUUUGGAGUUAGGCUCGCGAAAAGUAGACUGAAUGUCGAGAGGAAGAGAUGCAUGCAAGAGAUCGUGUGUGCUUGUGCAGGCAAACCAAUCAGGGAAAACAGCCGCUCGUCCAGGUGUGGCUGCAACGCCAUGAUAAGACUGUUGCGGUCAAAUGACAAAGGGUGGUAUAUUGCAGAACACAAAGAUGCCCAUAAUCACCCGCUGUCUUUGACGUGUGGGCAGAAGCUGCACUGGAAGUUUCAUAGACAUAUAGAUAGAUACACCAAGGAUCUAGUGAAACAGUUGAGAGACAAUAAUGUGGGGCUUGGAAAGGUGUUCAGUAUCGUUGGUAGUUUUUUCGGUUCAGUAGAUAAUGUGCCAUUUACGAAGAGGUCGUUGAAGACGCUCUGUCGGAAACUAAACAAAGAGCAGUCUGACAUGGAUGCAAUGAAGAUGAUGGAGAUUCUGUCUGAGAUGAAGGCUAAUGAUCCUGAUUUCAAUUACACAGUGCAAGUGGAUAAGGAGAGCCGUGUAAAAACACUGAUGUGGGUAACAAGCAAAGGUCUUGAUCAGUACAGGUGCUUUGGAGAUGCAAUUACUUUUGAUACAACGUACCGCACCAAUCUAUAUGAUAUGCCUUUCGGUCUUUUGUUGGAGUUAACAAUCACUUUCAAAGCAUAAUUUUUGGUGGUGCAAUGAUGAGGGAUGAGAAAGAGGACACAUUCAAGUGGAUAUUUAGGGAGUUCAUCCGCAUGGUUGGCGGGAAACACCCGUAGACGAUUCUUACUGACCACGCGCGUGCUAUGGAGCUGGCUAUUGCGGCAGAACUACCAAACACAGUACACCGUUGGUGUAAGUGGCACAUUUUGAAGAAGGCGAAGGAGUCGAUGGGUGUGCUCUGGAGCAAGGACAGUAAAUUUAAGAUGGAGUUCCACAAGCUUCUACAUCACAUGAUCACAAAGGAAGAAUUUGAAGCUGGUUGGCAGGACAUGUUGGAAAAUUACAACUUGAGGAAGCAUCCAUUCCUGACGCAGAUAUACGAGGUGCGGCAUAAGUGGGCAAAGCCAUAUUUCAGAGGCGUGUUUUGUGCAAAGAUGACUAGCACACAACGAAGCGAAAGUGCUAACCAUCUGCUGAAGGGUUAUGUUCCACCGGGGUGCCCUAUGCACCUUUUCUUGAAACAAUUCGAAAAGCUUCAGUUUGACAGGGCGUCAGAAGAGAGCUUCCAAGAGAAGAGGAAAUUGCUAAGUGGUGUCUCACUUCGACUAAACCUGCCAAUAGAGAGGCAUGCUAGCAAGGUGUACACCCGAGCCAUGUUCGAGAAAUUUGGUGAAGAACUGUAUAAAUGUGGCGCACAUGUGUUGGAUGAGAUUGUACCGAGAAAGAUUUACAAAUCAACACAUUUAGAUGUGGCGGCAAGAGAAAAAUGGAGUAAGGUAGAGUUCAAGAUUGAAGUGAAUGAUGACAAGAGUUUUUUUAGUUGCGAAUGUGGCACAUUUGAACACUCUGGCUUGGUGUGUUGCCAUGCAUUGCAGGUUAUGGUGUUGUUCCGUUUAUCGAAGAUACCUGAGAAACAUAUAAUGAAACGAUGGACAAGAGAUGCACGAGAUGUUCUUCCAGCACAUUUGGUACGGUACCAAAGAGACAGAGGCCCUCCUUCUAGUGACACAUUCAGGCAUCACACAAUGUACAUGAAGGCGCUUGAAUGUGUGUUGCUUGGUGAUAGUAAUGUUAAGUGCUAUGAUGUUUUCAUGGCUAUGAUGAAGGAGGUGCAAGCCGCUCUCGUGCCGUUAAGCAGUGAUAAGGAUGGCAUGGGACUAGCCGAAAGGGAACAACAAAAUCAGUUGCUUGUUCAGAACGAGCAAGAGGCACUCGAGUUGCAAGGCUGUGCGACAGGGUCUGAGUGUGAUGGUGAAUCAAGUUGUUCAGUGAUUGCAGGACAGCAGAACAAACGGCCGAGGGGUAGACCUACAACAAGCUGUGACAAAGCUCCGUAUGAAGAACAUUUGAAGAGAUCGCGGUUCUGCACGAUCUGCAGGGGUCAGGGCCACAAAUGCACAACUUGCCCAGAGAGAGGCGAUCUGCCCAAGGCGCCAAGGAAAUUGCCAAAGUGUUCAAAUUGUGGUGUGCUUGGACACAGGCGCAAUGCUUGUGGCACCAAGAAAUCUAGGCCGUUCGAGCCCAAUUUUCUGUAAGCGACACUGCUGUACACUGUGUGUUCAUUUUCAUCUUCGCCAGGACCAAGAUCUGCGUACGGAUUUGUCAUCUAAACGCGGGUAUUUCGUACUUAACAUUAGCGGUGAUGUAAUUUAAUGUUUUCUAUAGCCUGCAAAUCUGUGCUUUGCGUGUGCGACAGCUUGCUGUUGCUGAUGUUGUGAUUUGUAGACAAGGCUGCAAUCUAUGGGAUAUCAUUUUUAUUUUGGUGAGCUUAAA